GGAGGCCCCGCAUUUUCCUUUUCCGGUUGCAGCGCCUCGCGGUGAGGACCUCUGGUCUACGUUCCAGCCAUGCCAUCCAAGGGUCCUUUGCAGUCCGUGCAGGUCUUCGGACGCAAGAAGACGGCCACAGCCGUGGCGCACUGCAAACGGGGCAACGGCCUCAUCAAGGUGAAUGGGCGGCCCCUGGAGAUGAUCGAACCCCGCACGCUACAAUAUAAGCUGCUGGAACCUGUUCUGCUUCUAGGCAAGGAGCGAUUUGCUGGGGUGGAUAUCCGAGUCCGAGUGAAGGGUGGUGGUCACGUGGCCCAGAUUUAUGGUGAGUUCCAGGAACUGCGGGCAUGGUGGGGAGGUGGCUCUGAGAGCAAGGCCAUAUUCUUGGGCCUUCACAAAGCUGACAACACUCUCUUCGUGCAUGUAUUUCCCUCACAGCAAUCCGCCAAUCCAUCUCCAAAGCCCUGGUGGCCUAUUACCAGAAAUACGUGGAUGAGGCUUCCAAGAAGGAGAUCAAAGACAUCCUCAUCCAGUAUGACCGGACCCUGUUGGUAGCUGAUCCCCGGCGCUGCGAAUCCAAAAAGUUUGGUGGUCCUGGUGCUCGUGCUCGCUACCAGAAAUCCUACCGAUAAGCCUGUCAUGAGGAUGAGGGUUCAUCUUUAUAAUAAACAAUUGUUACGGGACUUAAGUUUUCAAA